AUGCCGCUGAACCUUUUUGGUAGUCACAAGAAAACUAACUCUGGAUCAGCUUCUUCCUCAGCCGCAGCAACGGCAGCUUCAGAUUCAACAUCGGGUCAAAAACCAACACACAAUAACUCUGGAUCUCAUGGAAAAUCACCUGCACCAGCAUCAAAUACUGGGUCAGGAUCAUCUGGCUCAGGAUCAAGACAAGGAUCUAGUUCAUCAGGUUCAGGAUCAUCUGGUUCAGGUUCAUCGGGAUCAGUAGCUUCAGACUCAUCAUCUGCACCUGCACUAGCAUCAAAUACUGGAUCUCACAAGAAAACUAACUCUGGAUCAGCUUCUUCCUCAGCCGCAGCAACGGCAGCUUCAGAUUCAACAUCGGGUCAAAAACCAACACACAAUAACUCUGGAUCUCAUGGAAAAUCACCUGCACCAGCAUCAAAUACUGGGUCAGGAUCAUCUGGCUCAGGAUCAAGACAAGGAUCUAGUUCAUCAGGUUCAGGAUCAUCUGGUUCAGUCAGCAGAAUUUCGCAAAUUGAAGAAUCAUAA